UCUCCUCUUACGAAACCUGGUCACACCGUAAUUCGGGCAAAAUACAAAUAAUAAGUUGUUAUAAAAUAAACAGUUUAGUUUUUAACUAAUGCAGCUAAGCUAACAAAAUGCACCUGACGCUGAUCAAUUUGUUCAAGAAGACCGUGCCUGGUCACAUAUUCCGGGGCAAGCGGCGCCUGGUGAAGCCGGUCAGCCAGCGAGCAAUGGACACCCUGACCCGCGAGUACGAGCGCCAGGAGCAGGUCAUGCUGCUCCUCCGGCACCCGUAUCUCACCCUGGAGCAAUCUUCCGGUCACGCCAAGGAGCUACACAAGCGCGAUAAGCUGGUGGCCAAGUGGACGGACGAGCAGACACUGCGCAAGAUGAAGCCACACGUUACCAUUGAGGAGCGGCUGAACCAGCUGAAGAUCAAGGAGGCCUGGGACUAACAAUCAUAAUAUCUAUAUAUAAGCCGGCGUUACUUGUUAAAUAAAUCUAGUUGUUAUGAAAUUAUAUAAUGCCUGUUGGACUAGAGUAUAACGUUUCGUCACCCGAUUAACAUCCAUAUUCGGCUUGGUUAUAUCUAGUUAUAUCGAGUUAUUCCAUGUGGACUAACUGCCACUUGCUCUUGGACACCAAUCGACCCGCAUGCACAUGUGAAGGCAGUGCGCUUGAUCAAGUUUCCACCUAUUUCACUCGACGCUCUUUAGCCAUAACUUGGCCAAAAAUGGGAGCACAGCUAAAAUAAAGACUGUUUUGUGCUGCUAAUAAACAUA